AUAAAUAUUCCUCUGAAUCGGCUUACUUUAUAACCCGCCUUCUGCCAUUGCCGGUUGCUCAUCCGAUCCGCCAUCUAAAACUGCUGAUACCAAUAGGAUUCAUCAAGCAUGGCGGCAGCUUCCAGGAUCUCUUCAUUGCUUUCCCGUUCAUUGGCUUCCUCAACCUCUUCUUCUCUGAUCUCCAAAGGGAGGAUCUAUGGAGUGGGGAGAUCAGUGGUUUGUGGCUACACCACCGCUGCUGCUUUAGAGAAACCGAUUACUCCUUCGGUCAAAGUGACCUACACGAAGCUUUUAAUCAAUGGAGACUAUGUUGAUUCAGCUUCAGGCAAAACUUUUCCGACGUAUGACCCCAGGACUGGAGAUGUGAUUGCUCAUGUUGCUGAAGGUGAUGCCGAAGAUAUAAAUCGAGCAGUUUCCGCAGCACGCAAGGCGUUUGAUGAAGGACCCUGGCCAAAGACGACUGCUUAUGAAAGAUCAAGGGUAUUAUUCAAAUUUGCUGAUCUUAUUGACCAACAUACUGAAGAACUUGCUACACUUGAGACUUGGGAUAAUGGGAAGCCAUAUGAACAAGCUGCUAAGGUUGAACUGCCGAUGAUCUCCCGCCUGAUCCGAUACUAUGCUGGUUGGGCAGAUAAGAUUCAUGGUCUUACAGUUCCAGCUGAUAGUCCCCACCUUGUGCAAACCAUACAUGAACCAAUUGGUGUUGCUGGUCAAAUUAUUCCAUGGAAUUUCCCUCUUCUCAUGUUUGCUUGGAAGGUUGCACCUGCCUUGGCAUGUGGCAAUACCGUCGUCGUUAAGACAGCGGAGCAGACUCCGUUGUCUGCUCUUUAUGCCGCCAAGCUACUUCAGGAGGCUGGGAUUCCUGCAGGUGUUGUAAAUGUGGUUUCAGGUUAUGGUCCAACUGCUGGUGCUGCUCUUGCCAGUCAUAUGCAAGUCGAUAAGCUUGCUUUCACUGGAUCAACUGAAACUGGAAAAAUUGUCCUUCAAUUGGCUGCAAAAACCAAUCUUAAGCCCGUAACAUUGGAACUUGGGGGAAAAUCGCCUUUCAUCGUAUGCAAGGAUGCUGAUGUUGACAAGGCAGUUGAGCUGGCUCACUUUGCUUUGUUCUUCAAUCAGGGACAAUGUUGCUGUGCUGGUUCUCGUACAUACGUACACGAGAGUGUGUACGAUGAAUUCUUAGAGAAGGCGAAGGCGCGUGCAUUGAAACGUAGCGUCGGCGAUCCAUUUGUAGCAGGUAUUGAACAAGGUCCUCAGAUUGAUUCAGAACAAUUCGAAAAGAUCAUGAAGUACAUAAGAUCAGGCGUCGAAAGUGGAGCAACCCUCGAAACCGGUGGCGAGAGGAUCGGAGACAAGGGCUACUACAUUCAGCCCACCGUUUUCUCCAACGUAAACGAAAACAUGUUGAUCUCAAAGGAUGAGAUAUUCGGUCCAGUACAAUCCAUCCUGAAAUUCAAGGACAUCAACGAGGUUAUCCGGAGGGCGAACACGACCACUUAUGGGCUGGCGGCCGGUGUGUUCACGCAGGACAUAGACACGGCGAACACGUUGACACGAGCAUUGAAAGUGGGAACGGUCUGGGUGAACUGCUACGAUGUGUUCGAUGCGGCUAUCCCGUUUGGUGGGUACAAGAUGAGUGGACAGGGAAGAGAAAAGGGUAUUCACUGUCUUAGCAAUUACUUGCAAGUCAAGGCAGUAGUCACCCCCUUGAAGGAUCCGGCAUGGAUCUAAAAUUUGUUCCGCCACGAGUCUUUUACGUUACUGCAUCUGUUUCAUUACCUGGCGGAAAUAAAGAGAGAAAAUUGUGGGGGAAAUAAUUAUAAUUAAGCCAAGAGUGUGAGUUUAUCAUAGCUUAAU